AUGUUGCCACAAAUUAUUGUCAUUGCUACUUUGGCGGCGACAGCCUUUUCAGCGUCAACAUCUGGCGGCGGAGCUCUGGCUGCGCUACCGGCGUGCGCUCAAACGUGCCUCCAAAAUGCGACAGCGUCUCAGGGGAGCUGUGAGAGUGUGGACAUCCACUGUCUGUGUAACAGUGUCACCUACCUCAACUCCUUUGCCUGUUGUCUCUCACAGAAUUGUGAUCAGGCGGACCAAACAGCGGCCACAAAUUUCAACUCACAGGUUUGUGGGAAUGUCAAUGUCACUGUUUCGUUUUCUAUAGGAUGUCCCAGCGAGACCACUACAGACUCUCGGGGCUCACUUACGACCAUCCUGACCAACCGGCUAGGGGCGACGGUUAACGACCAAGGCGCAUUCCCAACGAACUACAAUAAUGGAAGUGUCGAAGCUGGUCCUAGCGUGGCUACUACAGGGCCCGUGGCUACGUUCACUGGGAAGCCGCUUUUGACAGGAACAUGUACUAUUCCACAAAUCGCGACAACCACGCUGAACGCUGGCGAAAUUCUUGAGUACCCAUGGAUGGGCUGUUCGGAAGAAGCCCCUGAGUGCUGUCCCUUCAAUAUCAAUGUUGGAGGAAAGCUUAGUAUUUGUCCUCAAGAUUAUUUUACUACAAGUAAUGCAUGCUGCCCUACUGGCUGGUCAGUCUACACCUCCGCUCUCGCAGGCGAGACACCCUGCUACACAACAUCAAGCCCGGCCGUUCAAUCCCCGAAUGCAACACUGAGUGCUUCCGGAGCAUCGGUUAGUAUGAUCAACACCGAAGUCUUCACUCUCCGCUACGCCCUCAGGCAACGACAACAAUCCGCACUAUCGGUGGGCGCCAAAGUCGGUAUCGCUGUAGGCGCGGCUUGUGGUGGAGCGCUCGCAUUAAUCGCACUCGCCAUCUUCAUCCGAAAACGCCGCGCCCAGAAACGCGCUCAAAGAGAGGAAGCCAAUAUGCCUAAGCCCGAGUCUGGAAAUAUGUACCAAGGCGGCUUCAAUGGAUCACAACCCGCCGUCUCCGAGCUGCCUAGUCCUCAUACGAUCCGCCCUCCCACACCACCACUGCCGGAUAACGCGAUAUGGUUCAACACGCCUUUGGGAAGCCAUGCACCAGGCAGGGUAAUGACGCCGACGGAGUUGGCGGGGAGCACGUAUAUUAACGAGCACCAUCCGGCGUACGGAGUCAGUCCUGUGACGCCUAAUGUAAACGGAUUCCAUGAUGUACCGGGGCCGCCUGAGGAGUUGGCGGGUGACGAUCUAAUGAGGGGGACCGUGUCGAGAGAGACUGCGCGGACAGAGUUGGUGACGAGAGGUGAGGGGGCUGGAAGCUCGCCGUUGAGUCAAGAGAGUGAGAGGGCUGGGGGUGCUGGUUGA